CUGCAUACAUAGUUACAUACACGUCUCUCAGCGUUUGAAAUUUCCUCUCUCUCUCUCCUUCCCUUUGAGUCCUUGACGCGGUGAUCCAUCCUGAGAUCCAAUUCUUCAUCUGAAUUCAGAGAAUUGGAGUUUCUGUCGGCGGUCGGAGUCGCCGAAUAUUUGAUCGGAGAGCAUCGACAUGUCCGGCCCACUUGACCGAUUCGCCAGGCCUUGUUUUGAGGGGGCCAAUCACGAUGAACGAAGAGAACGGAAAUCGGAUUUCGAAAACUCGGAAGAUGACAGGAGGACCAGAAUUGGGAAUCUUAAGAAGAAAGCAAUCAAUGCCUCCAGUAAAUUCAAGCAUUCUCUCAAGAAAAAGGGCAGGAGAAAGUCUCACGAUCACCUCCUUUCUGUUUCCAUCAAGGAUGUUCGAGAUGUGGAGGAGCUUCAAGCUGUGGAAGCAUUUCGACAGGCGCUCAUUUCCGAUGACUUGCUUCCCGAUAGACAUGAUGACUAUCAUAUGCUCUUGAGAUUUUUGAAAGCCAGGAAGUUUGAUAUGGAAAAGGCGAAGCACAUGUGGACCGAAAUGAUUCACUGGAGGAAAAACUUCGGCACCGACACUAUCUUGGAGGAUUUUGAGUUCAAAGAGUUGAACGAAGUACUCAAGUACUAUCCUCAGGGUUAUCACGGUGUGGAUAAGGAGGGGAGACCCGUUUAUAUUGAAAGACUUGGAAAAGUUGAUUCAAACAAGCUGGUUCAAGUCACAACUUUGGAUCGGUAUGUGAAAUACCAUGUGCAGGAAUUUGAAAAGUGUUUUGCAUUUAAGUUUCCUGCUUGCUCUGUUGCAGCAAAGAGGCACAUUGAUUCAAAUACAACACUUUUAGAUGUUCAAGGCGUGGGUUUUAAGAACCUAACCAAAAAUGCAAGAGACCUCAUUAUGCGGUUGCAGAAAAUUGAUGGAGACAACUAUCCCGAGACACUUUGCCAAAUGUUUAUCAUUAAUGCUGGUCCAGGUUUUAGGCUGCUCUGGAACACCGUGAAGACUUUUCUUGAUCCAAAAACAACUUCCAAGAUUCAUGUUCUUGGUAAUAAGUACCAGAGCAAAUUGCUUGAAAUAAUUGAUGCAAGUGAGUUGCCCGAAUUUCUCGGUGGUAGCUGUAUCUGUGCAGAUCAGGGAGGUUGUUUGAAGUCUGAUAAGGGGCCGUGGAAAGAUCCAAACAUAUUAAAGAUGGUUCUCAGUGGUGAAGCACAAUUUUCUAGACGAAUAGUAACUGUUUCAAACAGUGAUGGAAGAGUAAUCACUAAAGAAAAGCCAAUUUAUUCAGUGAUAAAAAGCAGUGACACAUCUACGGCAGAGUCAGGAUCCGAAGUGGAAGAAUUCACUUCUCCCGAAGUAACAAGGGGCUAUCUGCAUCCAAGGUUGACUCCUGUCCGUGAAGAAGUUAGGAUGGCUGGAAAGGUAAACUCUGCUGGUGGCUUUUCUGAAUAUGAUGAAGUGCCCAUGGUUGAUAAGGCUGUGGAUGCGGAAUGGAAGAAGCAACUCUCCCUUCAAGACCCUUGUGAUUCAAGAGGGAUACUUUCUCUGCCAAGAGCAGAAAAGACUCCAGAAGGUUUGUGUGCUAAAAUUUGGGGUGUGUUGAUAACCUUCUUCCUAGCCCUUGCUACUCUUUUCCAUUCAGUAGCAUCCCGGGUGACUAAGAAACUUCCUGAUUCUGUGUCCAAUUCUGGCCACAACAUUCCCAACCUGACACUUGAACCAAUUUCUGAGGAGGAGUUACGUCCUCCUUCACCAGCUCCAAGGUUGACAGAGGCAGACCUUUUCUCAUCUGUUCUGAAAAGGGUGGGCGAGCUUGAGGAGAAGGUGGACUUGCUGCAGGCAAAGCCAUUCAAGAUGCCUCAUGAGAAAGAAGAGUUGCUGAAUGCUGCUGUUUGUAGGGUGGAUGCCUUAGAAGCAGAGCUAAUUGCUACAAAGAAGGCUUUGCAUGAAGCUUUAAUGAGACAAGAAGAACUUCUUGCAUACAUAGACAGGCAAGAAGAAGCCAAGUCCCAGGUAAAUUUCAAAAAAAAUAAAAUAAACAGAAUCUGUCAUCAAAGAUCAAUUUGGCUUCUGUUUUCCUUGCGUUCAUGAACCAAUGAUUAUAUUUGAAUGUGUCUGAAGCAGAAAAAGAAGUUUUGUUGGUGAAGAAGAGAUUGCUGCAGAGGACCACUUGUUUAGCGGCAUGUUAACUUAUCGCGUUUCAAUACAUAUAUAUUUGGAUUCACACCAAAUGUCUUAAAGGGAGGGUUACCAAUUUUAACAACGAGGUUUUAUAUGUUUGAAGGAUUAAAAAAUUGUUGUAAAUAAAAGCCCAUGCCAUGCGCCCCCUCACAAACAUACUCUUUUCAAUAAUGGUUUAGGGUAAUAAUGGUUCCUUGGAUUGCCUCA